CGAGCUCGUGGAAGUACGUCAUAAAGGCUGUGUAAAGAUGAGUGCUGGGCGCGACAGCCACCAACCUUUAAAGACAUGGGAACUAGUUGUUGUGCGGCGGUUUUCCUCGUCGUGUCUCUCUUGUUUUGUCCGUGUGCGGCCUUUAAUGGGACUGAAGCGUGCGAUGGCAUGUUCAGCACAGGUAUCCUGACACCUGAUAGCGACACGCUGGUUGCCACGACCCACACGGCCGACCUUGAGGCUUACAAGGCUGUGGUGAAUACCAGCAAGGCAUGGUGCGCUGACUUGGAUGACGUCUAUCAGUUCUUACAGGUUAACCUAGGUCAGUUACGUACGAUUAACAGUCUCGCCAUCCAAGGGUACACGCCUGCUCACCCAAGCUACAUCACUAAGUUUAUUCUCUCAUAUACCACCGAUGACACAAGCUGGCAGGACGUUAAAGACCUUGGCCAGACAGACCCAAAGGAGUUUGAUAAUCCCGCUGUAGACGAGAAUGACGUCAUCACACACCCUCUGAAUGACUUGGAGGCCACCCGCAUCCGAAUAGCACCCCAAGAGUGGGUCACGUGGAUAUGUCUAAGAAUCGAGCUCUUUACAUGUGACCCAGUGAAUGGAAGUUUCUCGGAUUGGUCCUCAUGGAGUCCAUGUGUCGAUCUGACUCAAACACGCAACAGGUCAUGUGACUCACCCGCCCCUGCCCGAGGAGGACUGGAUUGUCAAGGCGAUCCUACCCAGUCUCAAGCCUGCACUGGCGGCACCUUUACCCCAGGUUAUUUUGCAAACUUAGCAAGUAACUCAACAAAUACAACUUGUGUCGAAGGUUUCAACUGCACAAACUUUGUUGAUCCUUGCAUUCCUAACCCAUGUGGGAACGAUUCCGUGUGUAUCGUGGUACUCGAUGCAAGCUCCGUCAAUUAUACGUGUAACUGUACUCAGGGAUUCCACGGCAGAAACUGCACCCUUCCAGAUCCCGUGGUCUAUGGUCAGUGGGUACCCAGUGAAGAAAUGCACAGCCUGCAAGAAGUUGCAGUGCCCGUAGUAGCAGGGGUAGGGAGUAGUGCUAUUGUGACGGGUGGCGCCGGCGUGAUCUACUAUAUCGUCAAAAGGAGGCUGGCGAAAAUAGCGCCGCAUUUGCUGGAGGUGUAAUGAAAUGAUGAACAAACUGAAAAGGGUUCUUUUUUGUUUAAAUUGAAUAUAAAUAAAGUAACAUAAAAAUUUCACGAUUCUAUUAUUUGUGUCUUCAAAUGUCUUGAUGGUUACCACAGUUUCUAUUAAAUGUUUUGCGCAAUAGAUUGUAACUUGCUAAUUUAUCAUGUGUUUUUUAAUCGCUAGAUACCACAAUAACGUCAUAUUGGAAACAGUGGCGUAAGUCUCUCUCUAAGGGGCGGACAUAAUUUGGUUUUACAGUUCCUGGUCAACAGGCAGGAUUUUUAGAUUCAUACUAAAGUCAUACUUUUGAUUUCAUGUAAAAUUGUGCAUAAAUUAUUUUUUUAUAAUAUUUGGUAACAAUUUAUUUAAUCCCCAAUUCCCUCACCCCUACCGUUAAAAGUCAAACUGUCGCCGCACCCAAAGAUCAUUUCUCGGAUACAAGGCUCACUAACAGUAAUUUCGCGAUUUAAAAAAAACGCAGUGGCUAUAUGCCCGACAGUCGGGAAAGGUGGACUAAAUGCCCGUUAGUUUUCAUUUUUUUCAAAGAGUUAGAAGUAUUCUAUAUUUGUUCAGAAAGGGCAAGCGAUUCUGAAUUGAGCAUUGUUGUCGGUAUUGGACAGCCUUCGCACCGUCGUCUAUGUACACUAUAAAAAUGUCGGUAGUUCUCAAUUUACGAAAAUGUCACAGUAAAUUGACGACCUAGGGAGUUCAAAGUAUUGUAUAUUUGUGAAGGAAGGGCAAGCGAAUCUAAUUUGAGCUUUGUAGUCAGAAUUGAACGUAUUUACUUGCUUGUAUACACUAUAAAAUCGUUAUCAAAGUGCACUGAAUGUUUAUUUCUUCAAGUGUCGGGACAGGUCUUCAAUGGACUAAAUGCCCGACAGUUUCCAAUUUAUUCAAAUAAGCCAGUAAAUUGUCAGCCUAGUGAGUUCAAAGCAUCCUAUAUUUUUUUUUUAGAAAGGGCAUACAAUUCUGAAUUGAACUUUGUUGUCGGAAUUGAAUGUUUUCCUUACAUGUAUACAAUACAAAAUCGUUGUAACACGUUCGGGAAAGGUGUUUUAUUGUGUUUACAAGCAAAGAAAAAACAUUCUUUUUCGACAAAAAAGCUGAUGCCCUUUCUAAACAAAUUUAUAAUAUUUUGAGCUCACAAGGUUGACAAAAUAAGGGUUUAUUUGAAUAAAUUGAAAACUGUCGGCCAUUUAGUCCAUUGAGGACAUUUACCGACUGUUGGGCAUAUAGCCACUGCGUUAAAAAAAUCGCGAAAAACGAAAAAGCUUGGGCGGAUGAAAUAUUAACCUUUUAUAAGCUUUUUGGAAACACCGCCUGUUUGACAAUUUUGAGGUGUAUAUUAUAGAUUUUUUUGGGACUGAAUUAAGCCCACGCAUGUUGUGUUUGUAUUUUUAUUUUGCUUGAUUUUAUUGUCUCAAAAAUCGCAAAAUCGCGAAAAACAAGUGACCUGGUUUUUACUAAAAUAGCAUAAUCACGAAAAUAAAUGUCGCGAAAUCGCGAGAUUUUGACGUCACGAAAAUUAAGUGUAAUAAGGUACCAUUUGCAAUUAUUCAGACUUGAUCGAGCUCACAGACACAAAUCGUUGUCGCCGCGAAGCUCGGAGCCUCUGGUACCCAGGGUAACUCCCAGAAGGCACCAUUCAUAUUAUACAUCUGACCCAUGAGCGUUGUUUUGCUUGGUUGCUGUUUUAUAAUGAUCGAUGCUGAAAUGAUAAGGCUUGAUUCCUCCACGUCAAAGCAGGCCUUGAAAGGGUGAGAAGCAAUGCGCACCUCUAGCAAACUACACAAGACCAAGAUGCUGCGUUAUGCUAUGAUUGCGCCUUUGUACGAUCAAUUCCGAAGAGUUUGUCGACAGCUGGAGAUGUGGUACAGGGUCUCAACAUGGCUGGAGGGAUGACGGAUGGGAGUUAAUGAGCCACGUCGCUGUAACAUGCAUAUUCAAA